UUUAUCACAUAUUACCUGCUUGUUGCCCUAUUACCUGUGAUGUUUAUCAUAAACUUUGAAACUUAUCUUAAUUGAAGGGGCCGAAUGGAUCCUUUUUACGAGAGCAUCCUGCAGGACGGUUUCGACCGUAUGAAUUGGGGGGGUCAAGACAUGGGUACCCAGGGGGGUCAAUCGACGGUCCACAAGCAGAGAUGUCGCAGUUCUCACAGCCUACUGAUCUUGGAGGGCAGUCCGAGUUAGGGCAGUUCAGUCUAGGGAGCGAUGACAAGGGUACGAAGAAGGUCACCUCGAGGAAGAAGAAGAAGGUGGACGCGAAAACUGAUAGAACCAAAUGGACUGACGAGGAAGAUGAGUUGCUGGUGUCGGCCUGGCUUAACGUAAGCCAAGAUCCGGUUGUGGGCUCGGAUCAGUCCAGAGAGACCUAUUGGGGGCGUAUCGCAAAGUAUUUCAACACUUACAAGAAGGACAGCAUGAUGCCGAGGACCGACAAAGCGCUCAUCAAUCAUAUGAAGCUGAUCACGGAUGCCGUGACAAAGUUUACGGUGCAUUACAGGAAGGUGGAGCAGCUGAACCCGAGUGGCACCAAUGAACGUGACAAGAUGGCAAGAGCGUGCUCCGCGUAUAAAGCAAUUGAGGGAAAACCCUUCGCAUACACCCAUUGUUGGGUGCUGCUGGCCGAGCACCCAAAGUGGCAUGCACACGAAGCGGCAAAGGCGCAGAAGGUCUUGGAGCUUGCGGAAGCACAGUGCAGCCAAGCUGCUGGCAAUGACAUCCCAAAUGAUGCCGCUUCCAACGCGUCGACGGACCUUCCCCGUCCUAUUGGCCGUGACCAAGCGAAAGCUUCUCGAGCGCGCAAGUCGCCGUCGCAGUCCUCAAUUCCAACCGUGUCCGGAGGAGCAUAUGAGCGACAAUUGCAAGACAUCAGUGAAACAAAGAAAGUGAUGGUGAAACUUAAGAAGGAGCAGCUGGAGGUGAUGCGUCUCCAAGCGACUGUCCGAAUGAAUGACCAAGACGAAAGAAUUAUGAAGGUCGAUUUGGACACGGUUUCGGGACCACUACGGGAGUGUUAUAGGAAGCGCCAGGAAGACAUAAUGGCGCGGUGGAAGGUCCUAGAGAACCGAGAUUAG